AUGAGUGAGCAAGAUCAUAGAACACCUAGGAAAAGGGCGAUUAGACUCAUUACUCGGGCUAGGAAGUCGACCAAAGUCGAUACCCGAGGUAAUAGAGGUAAAGCGCCGGCUCAGGCUAGUGCUAGUGGAGUAGCAUUACAGCCGGUUCCGCCGGUUAGUGCUAGGGUAGCAACACCUAGUGAUUCGGGAACUGUUGGGAUUAUGCAUGCGCUAGAAGCGAUGAGAGAUUUGAUGGGACAACAGGUCCGAAAUCAAGCAGCCGCCAUUGCUGCCGUCGCUACAGCUACCGCUACUGCUGCUACCAACGCCGCUAUUGCCGGCGCACCUGCUACUCCACCCGCUGAAGUUCCACUAGGGAACGUGGAUUUAGAGAAGGCAUUUGCUCUUUUGAGGUGCAGUGAGGAAGAGAAAGUAACCUUAGCAGUCUAUCAGCUGCAGGGCAACGUCAACACCUGGUGGAGAGCCAUCCGAGAGACCGUGUUUCUAGGAGGAGUAGUUCCGUUGUGGGACGCCUUCCUCAAGGCAUUCAAUGAGCAGUAUUUCUCGAAAAGAGCCAGAGAGCAGAAAAUAAAAGAAUUCCAGUGUUUCCGCCAGGGAUCAAUUACUAUUGACCAAUACGAGGUCAAGUUUGCAGAGCUUUCUCAAUAUGCUCCGAGAUUGAUAGAGGAUCCAGAGGAAAAGGCUCGAAGGUUUAAGAAUGGCCUCCGAUUAGAGCUGAAGUAA